UUUGAGACUGCAAAUAUUUCCCACAAAGUUAAAACAUUAUUGUGUAUGGCAUAUCUUUUAGCAGGCUGUCAUCGCCGUUUGUGUAAGGGAUUAUGUUAACACAAUAUGUUAAUUACGUUGAUACGCUAACCGUUACUGUCUUAAUCUCAGUGGAUGCUAAUGUUAGCAAACACAACCUCAGGCUUUUUGGGGACACUAGUCAGUCGUUUGUGAGCUAUUUCAAUAAGUUUGUUGUAGAUCAUUAGCAAAACCAGUGUAAACUACUGAAUUAUAGGGUACUUGUGUUUCUAUAGUGUAAACGUUGCGUAAUGGAAAUGUCUUGUGAUGCAUGCAGCAGGCCACAUUAAUUCACCGUUUGCGGGGCAACAGCAUGUCCUUUUUCUUGCGUUUGACCCGAUGAGAAUGUUACACAAUUAAUUUAUCAAUGCAUUGCCAUUGCUUUAACCCCAGCGAUCCUUGUUUGUUCGAAGGGCCUAGCAUAACUAAGUAAACUGCGGCGUGCUGACAUAAUGGAGGAACCCGCGGCUUUCGAACGGCUUGUGUACAAAAACGCUUCAAAUUUCCAGUAUAUGAAGAUUUGUCUAGAAUUGAAGAAUGGGAGAAGAAACAUUGAGUCCGCUCAGUUCAAACAGCUUAUCAUCUCUGGUCUGAGACAGCUGUAUGGAGAGGUGGGGGCAGCAUUCCCAUUUGACCUGCUGAAGUUUGAUCCAGGUACAUUGACAGGCAUGCUCCGUGUAUAUAACAGUGGCCUUGUGAAGCUGUGGAGUGCCCUAACCCUCAUUGGAUCUUACCAGAAUGAACUGUGUGCAGUCAGAGUCACUCAGGUCUCUCCUUUUCUUUUAGCAUUGUCUGGAAAUAGCCGUGAACUGGGACUUCACUAAGCUUCACCUACAGUACAAGUGGAAAAACUGCUCUUGACCUAGCACCAAGAAAAGAGUUGAACAUGAACAUUUUAAG